AUGGCUGCAGCGCACUCCGAGCGCCUCCAGUUCCUGGCCGCUGCCGGCCUCGUCCAACGGCCUAUCACCAAACGGCAGCAGCUGCUGCCCCCGCUCCCCCGCUCCGCCGCCCCCUCCGUCUCCUUCCUUCCAGCCAUCCCGACUGACACGCCACCACUCCCCCGCCAGUCUACCCCCAGUCCUCCACCAUCCUCCGCCUCAAGAGCCCGGCAUUACCAUCAGCCUGAUAACGACGGCCCAAUCAGUCCUCGAACAUCCCCCCCAUCCAGAGCUCCGGAUUGCGAGCAUGAUCAUGAUGAUCCACUGUCUAAAAUGGAAGCGGCCUUCGCAAGAUACCUGAACAUGGUCCAACAGGUCCUCACGGCGACGAACGAAGCGAUCAGGAGACAAGAAGACGAAAUCGCCCUGGCCACUUUAUCCGAACAGCUGAUGAUUCCCGACAGCGAUGCUAGGUUGAAUCUAGCGACGAUGACUCGGUUUGUUGGGCCCCGACGGCUGAUCAGGGAGGGCGUGCUGACGAAGGCGCGGUCACGGAAGACGUUCCGGGCGUACCUAUUCAACGACUUCUUCCUGCUCGCGAAGUCGACGGGCCUGUUAGAGAGCAGCCAGACCCGCCGGAGCGCAGGCCAGCUGGUGAUGUACCGCGCCCCGAUGGCCCUCGAAGAGUGCCAGCUGAUGCCCGGGAAAGACGAGCACAGCUUCACGAUCGUCCAUAACUCCGAGUCCUUCGCCCUCAAAACCCAAGACGGACAGCGCGCUUGCGCCGCUUGGAUCGCCGACUUCAAGGCCGCGCGCAAAGAAGUCUUCAAAGCCCUGGCUAGUCGCAGAUCUAAACGAGGUCUGUACAUGGCUCCUUUCUGA